AAUUAGCUAAAUUCGUAAAGCAGAACGAACAAGGAAUCCCCGCUAAAUUGGAUCAAAAUGACGAUCGAUUGGGGCAGCUUCGUCUGGAACUGGACACAGUUCUGUCCCACGGGACUGACUCCAUUUGCCAAUGACACCAACGAUCUGCUGCCCUGCUUCCAGGAGACCCUGCUCCAGCUGCCGGUCUACACCAUAUUCGCCUCCAUAUCCGCCUACAAUUUCGGCAAUCAGCAGCGUCAAGUCGCCCGCAAUGGACUCCAGCUCCGAAUGCUGUCGAUCCGGACAUUCCUGGCCGUUGUCCUGGCCCUCCUGCCGGUGGCGAAGCUAUUCGCCUUCAACGCCAAGGGCAUCGAACUGCAUGCCGUCGAUGUGCUGGUCUCCAGUGCCGAGUGCAUCAUGUGGGUGGUGCACAGUGGUUUUCUUCUAACUGCCCGACAGUAUGGGGAGCUUAGUCAUCGGGGAUCGCUGCUCAUCAACGUGGUCUGGCUCACUGUGGUCGUGUUGGACGGCAUCUGGCUGAGAACGAGCCGGCACUUUGACUGGUGGCCCUGGAGCCUGGUAACCAUGAUAUGCGAUCUGCUCUUCGCCCUGACAUUGGUGCCCAAAGGAAGUGCUGUCUAUGUAAGUGCCCCAAGGAGUUCUACCAGCAGAGAGGACGAGGCAUUGCUAUCCCAGAGAUACACCUACUUCCACUUCGACCUGAAUGAGGGGCACUUGGGACAUGCCCAGGAUGAAGCCAACUUGGGCUCGCGCUUCCUCUUCCACUGGGUUCGUCCGUUGAUCUCCAAGGGAGUGGCCGGAAAACUCCGGAAAAUAGAAGACCUCUUUGAUCUGCCUGAGGCACUGAACAUUACCCGACUCAGCGAGAGAUUGCACUUGGCCCUGUCCCAGUCGCAAAGCUUGUGGAAGGCCCUGCACAGGUGCUUCGGCGUGGAGUUCUACUUGAUUGGACUUCUGAGACUAAUAGCUGAUUUGAGUGGCUUCGCGGGACCCCUGCUCCUUGGCGGACUUCUAAGGCAGGAUCACCAGGAUCCGUAUCUGGUGUAUUACUAUGCCCUGGGUCUCUUUGGCAGUACACUGCUCUCCGCCCUGUGCGCCACUCACUUUGAUUGGCGCAUGGCCAUGGUCUCCAUGAAGAUGCGCGUGGGAGUGGUGAACGCCAUUUAUCGGAAAGCCCUCGAGGCCAGAGUCAUCAAAGACUCAAAGCCGGACAUGCUCAACCUCAUGUCCACGGAUACGGACAGAAUUGUAAACUCAUGUAUUAGUUUCCACUUCUUCUGGAGUAUUCCUUUCAAGCUGUUCACCACGUUGUACCUGCUCUAUCUGCAGCUGGGAGCUGCUUUCCUGGCGGGCGUCAUCUUCGCAGCCCUCUUGAUUCCCAUCAACCGGUGGCUGGCCAAGAGGAUUGGCAUUUAUUCCAGUGGUCUGAUGACCGCCAAGGAUGCCAGGCUGUCGGCCACGACGGAGACCAUGCAGGGAGCCAAGCAGAUCAAGAUCAACGCUUGGGAGGAUAUCUUCAUUACCAAGAUCCGCGGACUUCGCCAGGAGGAGCUGCGGUUUCUGGGGAAGAGAAAAUACCUGGACGCCAUGUGCGUAUACUUUUGGGCCACGACUCCGGUGCUGAUGUGCCUGCUCACCUUUGGAGUCUCUGUCCUGAUGGGCAAUCCCCUGAUAGCUUCCACUACCUACACCAGCGUGGCGUUGCUUUACAUGCUCAUCGGUCCCUUGAAUGCCUUCCCGUGGGUUUUGAACGGCCUCAUCGAGGCCUGGGUGUCCAUCAAACGGGUGCAACAGCUAAUGGAUGUCCCCAAUCUGGACUACUCCUCGUACUACAAUCCUAUUAUGCGAGGAAGUGGCGGACUGGUGGCUGGAGAAGAUGCUCCCUUGGAUGCUCCCAAGGCCAGUGUGCUCCAGAUGAAGAGCGCUAGUUUCACUCACGAAACCGAAGAUGAUUCAUCACACAUGUCCUUCCAUCUGAAGGACAUUAAUGUGGACAUCAAGGCGGGACAACUUAUCUGUAUCGAAGGGCCUGUCGGAGGAGGCAAGAGCAGUUUUCUAUCCGCCAUAGUUGCCAACCUGCAGUGCACCGACGGCGAAGUGUGCGUUCAAGAGCUGACCACUGGAUUUGGUUACGUUCCCCAGUCCCCGUGGCUACAAAGGGGCACCAUCCGGGAAAAUAUCGUGUGGGGAUCACAGUUCGACGAGCAAUGGUACAAGACGGUGCUGCAUGCCUGUGCAUUAGAGGAGGAUCUGCAGAUCCUUGGAGGUGAUCUCGUGGGUGUGGGAGAGAACGGAAGAACAUUAUCCGGUGGCCAGCGGGCUAGAGUGGCCUUGGCCCGAGCGGUUUACCAGGACAAGAAGAUUUACCUUUUGGACGAUGUUCUCUCCUCUUUGGACGCCCAUGUGGCCAGGCACAUCAUCAAGUACUGCAUCCUACGCCUGCUGAAACAUAAGACCCGGAUUGUGGUCACCCGAAGCGUCCAGUUGUUCUUCCACGCCAACCAAAUACUCCAGAUGAAGGAUGGCAAACUGCUGCCAAGCGAAUACAUGACCCAGAGCAUCGACCUCAGCCUGGACGAGGAGCUGGAUGACGACCAGGGACCACGCAGCCGGCGGAGUUCAGUGGAGUUGGCCAACCAGGACGACAAGAAGAGUGUGGACAGUCUGCUCCUCGAGGAAUCAAGGGAAUAUGGUCAUCUCUCUGGGAAUGUUUUCACCUGCUACUGGCGGGCGGUGACUUCUCCAUUGGCCUUUACGGUCUUGCUGUUUGUGUUGCUAAUGCAACUGACCCGGAAUCUCAGUGAUGCCUGGCUGGCCUACUGGGUCACGCAAACCACUCUUGAUCCGCACCAGAACGACACAACUUUAGAGCAUGUCUUGAUGCGACCUGGACUUGAAAAUGGAACAGAAUCGGGCCACACUACAGGAUUCUAUUUGGGCAUCUUUGCCGCCAUCGCUGUGAGCAACUCCCUGGUGACUUUGGCCAGAGCAUUCCUAUUCGCCUACGCUGGGAUCAAGGCGGCCAUCUUUAUGCACGAGAAUCUCCUCAAGAAAGUCAUGUUUGCUAAGUUCAACUUCUUCGACAUUACCUCAGUGGGCAGAAUCCUGAAUAGAUUCUCCUCGGACACAAACACCGUAGACGACUCCCUGCCCUUCAUCCUGAAUAUAUUAUUGGCCCAACUGGCUGGCUUGAUAGGAGCCCUCUGCGUGAGCUUGUAUGCCAUGCCUUGGUUGGGUCUGGUGAUCAUUCCCAUGGUGCCGAUCUAUCUGAAUCUUCAGCAGCGCUAUCGGCAUGCCUCCAGAGACAUCAAGCGGUUGUCCAGCAACGCCAUGUCACCACUUUACACACAUUUUACAGAGACGCUGCAAGGACUUACCACCAUAAGGAGCAUGAGAGCCAGUCCAAGAUUUCAGCGUGAUUUUCAGGUUAAGCUGGAGGAAAGCAUCAAGGCCCAACUGACCCAAUCGGCUGCUCAACAGUGGCUGGCGCUUCGUCUUCAGUUGCUGGGAACACUCUUGGUCGGAGGCGCUGGCCUCUUGGCAGCCAUCACAGCUUCACACACCACCAAUCCCGGCUUGGUGGGAUUAUGCAUCUCCUAUGCUCUCUCCAUAACUGGCCAGCUGGGUGAUCUCCUUCAUGCCGUGGCCGAAACGGAGCAGGAACUGGUGGCAGUGGAGCGCAUAGAUCAGUACCUGCAACUAGAGGGCGAGCAAAACUCCUCGGGAAGUGCUGACCCGCCGUUCGGUUGGCCCACUCAGGGCGUUCUGAGCUUCCGCGAGGUUCAACUGAGCUACCGGGAGCACCUGUCCCCUGCCCUCAAAGGAAUCACCUUCCAAACGGAGGCCUUUGAGCGGAUCGGCAUAGUGGGACGCACGGGAGCGGGAAAGACUUCCAUCCUGGCUGCCCUACUGCGGGUGGCUCCCCUGUCAGAGGGUGAGAUUCGCCUGGACGAGGUUAACCUGAAGACUCUGGCACUGAGCGUUCUUCGAGAGCGGGUGGGAGUCAUCACCCAGGAGCCAUUCCUUUUUGAGGGCACUGUUCGAGAGAAUCUAGAUCCCCGGCAUGGUUUCUACGACUCUGAGAUCUGGCAUGCCAUUAAGAACUCUGCUGCGGCCACUCUUCUCGUCCAGCAACUGGGCGGCUUGGAUGGCAAAGUGGAGUCCUGUGGCAACAACCUCUCCGCAGGGCAGCGGCAACUUCUAUGCCUGGCGAGAGCGCUACUUAAAAACGCCAAGGUGGUGGCCAUCGACGAGGGAACCUCCAACCUGGACGAUGAAUCGGAUCUGAGCAUGCAACAAGCCCUGCGGAAUGCCUUCAAGAGUUGCACGCUCCUCUUCAUCGCCCACCGGUUGCGGGGUCUCCAGGCCAUGGAUAGGAUUGUAGUGCUGGAGGAUGGUCGCAUUUGCGAGAUGGGCAAGCCGCAAGAUCUGGCAUCCAAUAGCUCCACCAUAUUCCACGGCAUGCUACUGGCCCAGGACAUAAACCCCGAGGAGUUUGCUCGGCCAAAUUAGAUUUAAAAAAGGACGAUUUUCAGAAGCUACUCUGGACUCUUUUUUUGUAAAUAAGUCAAUUGUACAAGAAUUUAUUUAUUUUGUUUUUAAACUUGUAUUAUUUUAUAUUUUAUUUGUUCCUAACCCGAAGAAUCCAACUUGUGAGUCACCUGAGACUUAAUCAUCAA